AACUUGGGGGAGACGAAAACAAACGAAGAAUCGAUUCUUCAAAUGCCACAGAACAGAGCGAAUUCCAGAGAGAAGAAGAAGAAAGUUCUAGAGAGAGAAAAAUGGUGCUAUGGGAAAUUACUCUAGGAACCGCCUAUUUCUUGGGGCUCAAGCGAACUUACCGCCUCGCCCUCAAGCUUCAACGCCGCGUCGUCAGCCCAAAACUUCCCAAGAUCCGUCAGUUUCUUCACCGACGUACACGUGCUGUAUUUGAUAUAGCAUUAAAAGUUCACCUGAACAUACAGCAGAGAGACUUAGAAGUUGGUCGGAAUCUUGGCAACUGGAUUCUUCGAUUACUCGACAGAUAUAAACCAUCAGCUCAAAUACGCAAACAGGAUGGUGGAUCAAUGACAAACACGACAAAACAGCUUUCCAGCUCCUCCGUCUUGAAAACUCCAGAGAGCUCCCAGACCCUGAAGAAGCCAAACUCUUCCAGACAAUUAUUUACAUCAUCAACAAAUAUAUGGCCCAAGCAAUUUCCUACAAUUUCCAUGAUGAUGAAGUCUUCAAAGUCAGCCACUACUAUGAUCCAGCAUAGACAUUUUGGCAUUUUGACGCCCGGAGCACCGUGGCCGAGAUAUGUAAGAGGAUGGCAUGAUGGGGUGAUGAGGGAGGAUAUAAGGCAAUGGAUGUUGCAAAACUAGAAACCAAGUUGGUUGUUCUGUUCUUUUCUUUUGAGGCUAGAUGGAUUAUCAUGUACAUGCUACAAGAUCUUAGGACAUCAUGCCAACUGAAAACUGAAGCUGCACAAUUGAAUGUGAGAUUUGCUGUUGAGCUUCUUGAGGCUUGAAGCUUUGGUAGAUAAUUGGUUUUCAUGGUUUCUGUGUGCUGUUUUUAGCAAAAAUUAUUAGCAUCAAACCAGAGAUUUGUUAGAGGUUAAAUCACCUUUAGAAUCAUGUAUAUAUGCUUUUUAAAGAUGUACCUUUUGCCAUCGUUGAAAAGUAUAGUGAAGAUUCUUUUGGGUUUAAAUUUUACAUCCCAUAACAUGUUUAGUCUUGAAAAUAGUCCUUGAAUUUUAAAACAUUUUAAUUUGACUUCUAUGUAAUCUUCAUAUUGUUCACUCUAUCAUAUACAUUACGAGUAUAUGAAAACA